CUGAAGCGCCGCCGCCCGCCGCACGCCGACGACCAGCGGAGCCUCACUAGCAUCGGCUACAUAAGUGGCAGCAUGGGCUACAUGAGUGGCACCUGUGAGACAGCUUUGGCGGCUUGGAAGCCCCCGGGCAACUACCUGCCCCGGGGCGAAGCGCCGCCGCCCUACGACGAGGCCGUCGCCCAGUGCCGCCCAGACCAAAUCAGAAUGGGAAACGAAACGCCGUACCACCGCACGUACCCGACGACUAUGGAGGCGCUGACGCGGCCCGAGGAGCCCGCGUGCGCCACACACGCCUACGUCAGCGUGCCGCGCCCGCUGCACCAGGCGCUGCAGCAGGUACCUACGAGACCACAUGUAUGUAAGGACGGCGACAGAUCAUGGAGGCCCGAGGAGCCCGCGUGCGCCACGCACGCCUACGUCAGCGUGCCGCGCCCGCUGCACCAGGCGCUGCAGCAGGUACCUACGAGACCACAUGUAUGUAAGGACGGCGACAGAUCAUGGAGGCCCGAGGAGCCCGCGUGCGCCACGCACGCCUACGUCAGCGUGCCGCGCCCGCUGCACCAGGCGCUGCAGCAGAUGGCCAACACGCAGACGUGCUACAACGCGCCGCUGCUGCAGCCGGCGCACGCGCCCGAGCCGCCGCCGCCGCACCACCCUCUCGCCCCCAACGGAGUGAUCGGCUUCCCGAGCGCGAUCCGGCUGACGGGAUCUCUAGGCGCCAUCAGCAACCGCGCGCUGCUGAGCGUGGCGGCGCGCGAGCCCGAGCACGAGCGCCCGCACAACGUGCCCGGCUUCUACACCAGCAACGUGCACACCUCGCUGUCAGUCGCUCGCGUCUCUAGUGUCACAUUGACAGCCGCUGACAGGUCGCUGGGCGCCAUCAGCAACCGCGCGCUGCUGAGCGUGGCGGCGCGCGAGCCCGAGCACGAGCGCCCGCACAACGUGCCCGGCUUCUACACCAGCAACGUGCACACCUCGCUGUCAGUCGCUCGCGUCUCUAGUGUCACAUUGACAGCCGCUGACAGGUCGCUGGGCGCCAUCAGCAACCGCGCGCUGCUGAGCGUGGCGGCGCGCGAGCCCGAGCACGAGCGCCCGCACAACGUGCCCGGCUUCUACACCAGCAACGUGCACACCUCGCUGUCAGUCGCUCGCGUCUCUAGUGUCACAUUGACAGCCGCUGACAGGUCGCUGGGCGCCAUCAGCAACCGCGCGCUGCUGAGCGUGGCGGCGCGCGAGCCCGAGCACGAGCGCCCGCACAACGUGCCCGGCUUCUACACCAGCAACGUGCACACCUCGCUGUCAGUCGCUCGCGUCUCUAGUGUCACAUUGACAGCCGCUGACAGGUCGCUGGGCGCCAUCAGCAACCGCGCGCUGCUGAGCGUGGCGGCGCGCGAGCCCGAGCACGAGCGCCCGCACAACGUGCCCGGCUUCUACACCAGCAACGUGCACACCUCGCUGUCAGUCGCUCGCGUCUCUAGUGUCACAUUGACAGCCGCUGACAGGUCGCUGGGCGCCAUCAGCAACCGCGCGCUGCUGAGCGUGGCGGCGCGCGAGCCCGAGCACGAGCGCCCGCACAACGUGCCCGGCUUCUACACCAGCAACGUGCACACCUCGCUGCACCGCACGAUCCCCCGAAUAUCGACGGCCGCCGACACGAGCGCGUUCGAGGCGUGCUUCUCCCGCGGCGACCGCGCGCUGCACGCGGAGGUGCGGCGCUCCUUCCACCGCGCUGAUCGCGAGCGCGAUCGCGAGCACGCUCGCGAGCAUCCGCGCGACACUGGCCGCAGUAUGCCGCGAAAUCUCAACUUGGCAGAGCGGGUGCCCGACCCGCCGCCGCUCGACCAGUCCCUCGUCCGUUUAGCGGGCGGUCGCUCCCGCGCGCACAGCGAGGAGCACAACGUGGGCGCGGAGCCGCCGCCGCCCGCCGACGUGCCCGCCACCGCGCCCGCCGCGCUCGCGCCCGCCGCGCCCGCGCCGCCGCCGCACGCCACGCUGCCGCUCACCGUCGAUAAGGUCAGCCACCUUGUACCAGCACGAUCGUUCAUCCUGCUGCACCGUCAGCAUCGACCGCCGGGCGACCAAUGA